ACUUUCUAAAUAUAAAUUUUAUAUUUAUUAUAAUUUGAUGAUUUUUGAUAUUUUUAUAAUUAUAUUAAAUGCAAAUAUUAUUAAUUUAUUAUUUGACUGUUACCGCAUUUGGUAGUUAACCAGUCAUAAGUUAUCCGCAAACGCACCAAUUUUUAACCGCAGUACCAGUCGUACAAAUCUCUUAAAACCGCUAGAAACCGCAACCGCCCGCAUCCACAAAUUCCCGCAACCACAACCGCAACUGCUGCGUUUGAACCAGUACGGUUCUCAGGGAGGGAAUUGACCCGCCCUUAAGCUCGUGUGCAAAAUCUUUUAUGGACUGUCCGUAAAACAAACUUAUAAUCGAAAAUGAUCUAACGGUACACGUUGUUUCGAUCUUAGAGCUAGCAAAGUUUAUGUAUGAUGACCUAGUGGUAAUGCAAUAGGAUCAAUCUUUUUUUUUUUAAUUCACUCUCUUUUAUACAGAAUAUUAUUUUUAAAUAAGAUUUCUAAAAGAUCAGUUCCGUAUGCAUUUUAACAGAAAUCUUAUAGCAAAAAAAAAUAAUAAUAAUAAAUUCUUAUACUCAGAUUAUAAGGUGAAGACCCAAAACUCCCAUAAUCUUGAUAAAACAUACUUCCUUGGUCCAUACUCCCAUAGUCGCAUUAUUACCAAAUAUGUCAAUUUAUUGUUAACCUAAUUUGUUAAGAGGUCUACCUGAUUUGGGUGUGAGUUAGUAGGGGUUAUUGGUUCUAUGAUUUUAAUGGAUUUGAGAAUUCUUCUAGGAUUUAAGAAAUCCGUUGAUUCUUAAAUCAGACAUAUAGAUUUCAAAAUCAAACAUACGGAAUUCAGAAUCAAAAUAAUGGAUUAUUAAAAUCAAUCAAAUGGAUUUGCAAAUAUAAGUUUGAGAUCAUCAAAUUCAUCAAAUGUUUCAUCACGAAACUUUUUGAACUUUGGAUGUGCCUAAAAAAAAUUUAAAAAAAAUUAACAUAAUGAAAAAAAAAUAAUAAUACAGCCUUAUGUUUUUUUACCUUUAGAUAUUCAGCCCAUACAUCUUUUGAAGCUGUAAACCUUUUUGUGGUUGGAUCCCAUCCAAAUCCAGAACUAAAACGAAGAAGUUCAGCCGCGUUAAGAUAUUUUGUUUUCAUGAUCUUCGUUCUGUUUGAGUAGUGUUGAUAGGUUUUAUUGCAUCUAUGCAUUCGAUUGAGAGUAAGUAGAAUUCGUCUCUCCACCGUAAAUUUGCUGAAUGUACAAUUACUGCCACGCAAACCCGAAGCAACAGCAUCUAAAAGUAAAUUGAUCAAAGUUUUAUUUUUUUCAGGACUCCAUUGAAUAUAUGAACCUUUUUUUUGUUCUUGCGAUGGGUCUUGUGUUUCUUGAUGUGAUUCUCCCAUUGAUGCUUUUGGUUUUAGGUUUUAUGUGUUUGUGUGUUUAUAAAAUUUUGUGUGUAUAAUGAAGAUUAUAUAGAAAUCAUGAUACAUGUAUUAUGAAAAACGGAAAAUCAAUAUAGAAAUAAUAGAAAAUAAAAAAAAUCCGGAAAUAUAACUUUUUGUUCAAAAGAAACGACAAACUCCUACCAAAAAAGAAACAAUGACAUAUUCUAAUGAAAAAUGGAAGUUGGUGUUAUAAUAGAAUAUUGCAUACGUGAGAUAUGAUGAAAGUGCUAUGGCUUAUUUGAAAUUUUUGUUGUAUACGUGAGAUAUUGGACAUUUUUUGUUAGAGAAAAAUUUAUAAGACAAAUCCAUUCAAAAUAACAAGCUAUAACACAAUAUUUGUUUCUUUGUAUUUUACUCUCUAAAACACUUUUAAAUCUAUUCAAAUCCAAAUUCAAAUCAAAUGCUUAAUCAAAUCAUUACUAUUGAAUAACACCUAAUUUUGAAAUCUAUUUUAAAAUCAUAAAACCAAUAACAAUGAAUUUGAAUACAGAUUUUAAAAUUAUAGAACCAAUAACACUAGAUUUUGCUUGGAUUGUCAAAUCCAUUAAAAUUAUAGAACCAAUAACACCCUUAAUUAAGCUAGUGAUUUUUCAAGUUGUCCUAAUACACAUGCAGAUUUACUUAAAUAUCGAUAAUGAUAAUUAUAUAGUUUCUUAAUUUUAAGUAAUGUACAUAACUAAUUUUAGUUAGUAUAUGAAGUAGCUUGAUUGUCGUUACUCCUCACUAUUAUAGUCAACGUUGAACAAUUAACCAAUUGGAUAUGUACGCUUGUCCUUUAACAUGAAGCAUGACAUCUAAAUGUCUGAGCUGUCUUUUAAAACUCUACAUAAUCUUAUGUUUCUUUAAACAAUAACGGAAGACAUAAGGCAUUGAUCAACCAUCUAGUUUAUUUUUAUUUAUAAACAUAAAUAAAAUAUAGAAGAGGUGCGAUUUACUGCGAGGAGCCGUCUCAAAUUAAUUUUAGACCCUGUUCAAAAAAAAAUAUUAAUCGUAUAUUUUAUCACGUAAUUUUAAAAUUUAAUAAUUUUGUCGGAUUUGUUUUAAAUUAUAAGUUCUAAAUUUAGCAUUAUAUCUAAAAUUUUAAAGUUUCUUACCAUAAUUUAUCUAUAUAUUUUGAAAAAUCUUUAAAUUUUUUAUUUUUAUAUUUUGGAGCCCUGUUCAACCGUUCCAUUUGCGCGUGCUGUUAGACGGCCCUGCUGUAAGCAUAGGUGUAUCAUGAAUGUUAAACGACUGAAAAAGGUCAACUAACAGUUUUGUUUAAAAUUAAUAAAAUCGUUGAAGGUUAGUUAUUUAGUUAUGGUUUUGUAUACCAAAUCCAUACCAUAAAUUUCAACUCCCAUCGAACUACUUCUUUCUUAGUUUGAUCUUCACAUUAUUAGUUUCACUGGUUGAUUAUUGUCAAUUUUAGGUGCUAUUAAUAGGUAUUUUCUUUUGCGUCCAAAUCUUCCAUCUGUCACUUAAUUAUUAGGUUUAUUCUAUAGUCGCCGGUAAGUUUCAUACUAAACACGGAUCAGUUUAUAGGGUUAGUCAAAAAGCUUUAUGAUAUGUACAGAAAUAUUACAUGUAAUUUUUUUUUUUUAUUACAUGGAAUUUAACAAUACAGAUUACUAAAGAAUAGCUAUUAUAUGGGAAUUGUAAACCAGGUUUGGUUCCUUUACACACAUCAUUUACAAAUUCAAAACGACAGACUUGCAAGCCAGUUAAGUGGCAAGAUAUAGUUGUGUUGAUUAAAUUGCAAAUUUGGUUAUUUUGCUAUUUGAUUUGUGCUGCAUCCAUUUUCCAUAGGCAAAAAAUGCCCACCAUUACUAGCAACAAAUAUUGCGAUGUAAAUAUGGAAUUUGCAACGAACAUUCAAAUGUAUGAAAACAACUCCACAGUUCGGUAUAUUUGUGUGUGUUUUAAUUUAAAGUUUGACACAUACGAGAGUGAGAAGAACGUUACCUACAUAUCUUCCUUAAUUACUUCUUUUGGUUUUGGACGAACCAAUUUACAUUGAUUAGUGAUUAGUGAUUAGUCGUUAAUUAGCCCCCGCCACAAUAUUAAUUUCCGUGUUUAUAAAGUAGCUAUGUAAGUCAACAAUAACUCUAAAACUUACUGGAGUAGUAUAUGUGACAACAUAGAUAUUUCGUUUGCAUUUACGUAGUCCCAAAUUGUUACCGAGUCGAAGCGACAACUGCACAUUGCAUGGCGAUUCUCAACUUAAUCCAUUGUCAUAUAUAAUAAAAGAAAAAACAUAUUAAAAUGAAUAUUUGAAUUAGAUGAUCCUAGUAACAAAUCAGUCCAGUGGGUGCACCAAAUCAACUAAACCCGUUGCGAAUUUUCAUAUCAUUUUCUCCCUCCUGCUGACUCUAAACCUAAUAGUAGUACAAUUUUAGUUUAAAUAUAAUAAAAUUUUGUCAAAAUGCUAACGAAUUCACAUAAAACUCUGUUGUUUCAGCUCUAAUCUUUCCCGCUUAGUGUGUAUAUAUACUACUCCUCUCCUUCCUCUAAACUCACACAACAGAGAGCUUCACAAUACAGCCUUAAUGGAGUCUUCCCAACGGUUCUCCUCUCUAGCCUUCAUCGCACUUCUUGCCUACUUCGCUUUUCUCGCUUCAGCUGAACUUCACGUCCGUGAAUUUGUGAUCCAACCAAAACCAGUGAAGAGGCUGUGCAGAACUCACGAAAGCAUUACCGUGAAUGGCCAGUUCCCUGGUCCAACGCUCGAGGUCAGGAACGGUGACUCUCUCGCAAUCACCGUCAUCAACAAAGCCCGUUACAACAUUAGCAUUCACUGGCACGGAAUCAGACAGCUGCGUAAUCCGUGGGCUGAUGGUCCAGAGUACAUAACACAAUGUCCUAUCCGUCCAGGACAAAGCUACACUUACAGAUUCACAAUCGAAGACCAAGAAGGUACACUUUGGUGGCACGCUCAUAGCCGCUGGCUAAGAGCCACCGUCUACGGUGCUCUCAUUAUUUACCCUCGUCUCGGCUCUCCUUAUCCAUUCCAUAUGCCCAAACGCGACAUCCCAAUUCUUCUCGGAGAAUGGUGGGAUAGAAACCCAAUGGACGUUCUGAGGCAAGCACAGUUUACAGGAGCAGCAGCUAAUGUCUCUGACGCUUACACAAUCAACGGCCAACCAGGUGAUCUCUACCGCUGUUCUCGGUCCGAAACAGUUCGUUUCCCGAUCUUCCCCGGUGAGACCGUCCAGCUCCGUGUCAUCAACGCUGGAUUGAACCAAGAGCUCUUCUUCUCAGUCGCCAACCACCAGCUCACAGUGGUUGAAACCGAUUCCGCAUAUACAAAACCAUUCACCACAAGUGUCAUCAUGAUCGGUCCGGGCCAAACCACUAACGUCCUUCUCACCGCAAACCAGCGACCUGGCCGAUACUACAUGGCAGCUCGUGCCUACAACAGCGCAAACGCACCAUUCGACAACACAACCACAACCGCUAUCUUGGAGUACGUCAACGCUCCAACUCGACGUGGUCGCGGCCGCGGUCAGAUCGCUCCGGGUUUCCCGGUUCUUCCUGGGUUCAACGACACUGCAACCGCAACAGCGUUCACGAACCGUCUGCGGUACUGGAAACGAGCUCCAGUACCGCUUCAGGUCGACGAGAACCUCUUUUUCACCGUAGGUUUGGGACUAAUCAACUGCUCCAACCCCAACAGUCCGCGUUGCCAAGGUCCUAACGGGACUCGCUUCGCAGCCAGCAUAAACAACCAGUCAUUCGUGCUACCACGAAGAAACUCCAUCAUGCAGGCUUAUUACCAAGGCAUGCCCGGUAUCUUCACGACCGAUUUCCCGCCCGUUCCACCGGUGCAAUUCGAUUACACCGGUAAUGUUAGCCGUGGGCUAUGGCAGCCCGUGAAGGGAACUAAAGCGUACAAGCUUAAGUACAAAGCAAAUGUUCAGAUUGUGUUACAAGACACGAGCAUUGUCACGCCUGAGAAUCAUCCUAUGCAUUUACACGGGUACCAAUUCUAUGUUGUUGGGUCCGGUUUCGGAAAUUUUAACCCAAGAACUGACCCGGCUCGGUUUAACCUGUUUGACCCACCGGAGAGGAACACCAUUGGUACGCCUCCAGGUGGCUGGGUUGCAAUCCGGUUCGUUGCUGACAAUCCAGGAGCAUGGUUUAUGCAUUGUCACAUUGAUUCGCAUUUGGGAUGGGGUUUGGCUAUGGUUUUCUUGGUUGAGAACGGACGAGGACAAUUGCAAUCUGUGCAGGCUCCACCGUUGGAUCUUCCAAGAUGCUAAUAAAGUCUUCCACCGUUGGAUAAGGAUUUGUGGGAUUUAGUUUUAUUUUUUUUAUUUUAAUCAGAAAGGCUUUUGGGGUCUUUGAAUCUGUGUUGUGGUUGAAACUUGUUCAUCUUUUGGUUUCCAUCUACUCUUUCUUGUUAUUUUCCUCGUAAUAUAGUGUCAUGAUAUAAUCUGAUUUAAAGAUUAUCAAUGAAAAGCUUAUGUUGCAAUUUGAUAUAA